UCUAUUAUAGUAUGAAGGUUUUACCUUUUAUUAGUUUAUGUCUAGAAGCUAUUUUUUUAGUGCAAGCAUGACAUUCCAGUCACAUUGUCAGUUGGAGUUGAUCCCGAUGAACCCAGCCAGCUCUGUGAGAUGCCCAGUAGUGAGUUGACACUGUAUCUGUCCCUGAUUCAUGUGCCUGCAUGGUGCACUUUCUUUAACAAGUAAUGACAUUUAUGUAUCGUUAGUAAACCAUUAGGUUUCCCCUUUUCAAACUACUCAUUGUUCUAAUCUUAAGGUUUAUUUGUGUAAAGCUUCAAACACUCAUAUAGUACAGGAGUGAAUACCCUCUGUUCUCUGUAGUGGUUCUUAAGUGUCUUCCCCCCGAGCAGCUGGACUGUGAAGUCUUUUCUUUGAUCUUGCACAGUCUGGACUAGGGAAGUGAUACGGUUGAUUCACAGUUACUCACUUUAUUCUGCGUAACAGGACACUGCACUGGGUAAGGAGGGCCUGAGUGGUACUUGGUGUGCGUAACAUGUUUAUGCUUCUUUCCCAGAACUUGAUGGAGAGUUUGGAUUCAUUACUCUGUGCAGAAGGUUCUGAAAGUCUGAAGAGCUUAUGUCUGAAACUUCUUCUUUGCUUAGUGACAGUUACAGACAACAUCAGUCAGAACACUAUCCUGGAAUAUGUAAUGAUCAACAGCAUAUUUGAAGCAAUUUUACAGAUACUGUCUCAUCCCCCAAGUCGUAGAGAGCAUGGGUAUGAUGCUGUUGUCCUCUUGGCUCUGCUGGUAAACUACAGAAAAUAUGAGUCUGUGAAUCCAUACAUUGUGAAGCUGUCUAUUGUGGACGACGAGGCUACAUUGAAUGGAAUGGGGCUUGUGAUCACACAGGCAUUAUCUGAGUACAACAGGCAGUAUAAAGACAAGGAAGAAGAACACCAGAGUGGUUUUUUCUCUGCCUUAACAAAUAUGGUGGGCAGCAUGUUCAUAGCAGAUGCCCCUGAGAAGAUCUCAGUACAAACCAAUGAGGCCAUUCUUCUGGCACUUUAUGAAGCUGUCCACUUAAAUAGAAACUUCAUCACAGUGUUAGCUCAGAGCCAUCCAGAAAUGGGGUUAGUGACAACCCCUGUCAGCCCUGCUCCCGCAGCCCCAGUUACACCACUUGGGACCACUCCACCCUCCUCUGAUGUUAUAAGUUCUGUGGAACUCUCACUGGAUGCAGAUGUACAGACCAGUAAUUUACUGAUAACCUUCUUAAAGUAUAGCUCGAUUGUCAUGCAGGACACUAAAGAUGAACACAGGCUUCACAGUGGCAAACUCUGUCUGAUUAUCCUUACAUGUAUUGCAGAGGAUCAGUAUGCCAAUGCGUUUUUACAUGAUGACAAUAUGAAUUUCCGAGUAAAUUUACAUAGAAUGCCGAUGAGACACAGGAAGAAGGCAGCUGACAAGAACCUUCCUUGCCGUCCCCUGGUGUGUGCAGUCCUGGACCUGAUGGUGGAGUUCAUUGUAACACACAUGAUGAAGGAGUUCCCUAUGGAUCUGUAUGUGCGGUGUGUCCAGGUCGUGCAUAAACUGCUGUGUUACCAGAAGAAGUGUAGAGUUCGCCUGCACUAUACCUGGCGGGAACUCUGGUCAGCCUUGAUAAACUUGCUGAAGUUCCUUAUGUCAAAUGAAACUGUACUUUUGGCCAAACACAACAUUUUUACAUUGGCUCUUAUGAUUGUGAACCUAUUCAAUAUGUUUAUCACAUACGGUGACACAUUCCUGCCGACCCCCAGCAGCUAUGACGAGCUUUACUAUGAAAUUAUCCGCAUGCACCAGAGCUUUGACAACCUCCACUCCAUGGUCCUUAGGCUUUCUACCAACGCAGGCCAGUGGAAGGAGGCGGCCAGCAAGGUGACACACGCACUGGUUAACAUCAGAGCCAUCAUCAAUCACUUUAAUCCCAAAAUUGAGUCCUAUGCUGCUGUGAAUCACAUUUCUCAACUCUCAGAAGAACAGGUACUAGAGGUGGUCCGAGCCAACUACGACACACUCACAUUGAAGCUGCAAGAUGGCCUGGACCAGUAUGAGCGCUACUCCGAGCAACACAAGGAAGCUGCCUUCUUCAAAGAGCUGGUCCGAUCCAUUAGUACCAACGUCCGGAGGAACCUGGCCUUCCACACUCUCAGCCAGGAAGCCCUUCUGAAGGAGUUCUCCACCAUCUCCUGAUGCUGCGCUGCCUGAGAGCCGCUGACUGCCCUUACCCAUGAGGCUCCGGGGCUGAGGGCAAGCACAGGGAGCGGGGACUGCCUGCAAGGUUGGAGAGAAGCCAGGCACCCAGAGUCCUGGUGAAGGCCGUGCUUCAGUGAGCUGGGACAGCUGGGGCAAGCCCAGGAUGAUCUUAUUUGGGGAGAAAUGGGCGGGCAGCAGAAAAGGCAUCCAACAGUCAGAGGCUUCUGGGCCGCACUCACUGGAUACUGCCUCAUGAUCCAAUUGAGAUUCCAAGCUGUGGCUUCUGAUUAUUCAGGUGCUGGUGGGCCAGGCCUCUGAAGGCCAGCGGCUGUUCUUGGCUAUGAUGCCACAUCCUGUUUCCCUUUUGGGCCUGGAGCAGAGUGAGGCCCCGGCCCCUGCUGCAGUGUGUCCAGACCUUAGCACCUCCGCCCAGCAUAGAGUAGGUCAGGGAUUGGCGCCUUUCUUUUCUGUUUUCUGAAAUCGGAGGUUGGAGUCUGCCUGGUGCUGUGCUGUCCGACCUCGACUUUCUGGGUUUUGGUUUGGGCACCAGGAGUACCUACCUGUCCACUUCCCCUCGCCUUCCAGCCGUGGACUCGUUAGCACAACGGGCCCACAACUUUAGCCUUUCAUUUUUAGUCUGGUUUAAACUGUCUUAAAAGAGUGCGUGUGAAAUAAACAUUGACAGGUUUUCUGGAGCCCUCAAGGUGCCUGUUUUGCUGGUUCCCUCCCCACCCACCCUCUCCAAUGGGAGCCGAGCUGAGCACCCUCCACGUGUUCCACCCCCUCACCCUGCUGUUGUUUACAUUCAGCCUGCCUAAGAAUUUCCUCUAGGGAGGAAUCUGUUCCUGCUGUGGUCUGGUGCUGGGAGGGGGGGAACCUGCUGGGGUUAGGGAGCUGUUCCUGGAACAGGCUAGGUGAGCAUCAUGCCUAAGGCCUCCAUCUUGUCUAGCCAUAUUCUAGCUGGGCCUUGGGCACAUUCACCCUUCACGAAGUUGGCCUCUGCGGUCUGCCUUUUUAUAGUCUCCGUGGAACUCCUGUAGGCCUUCCCCUUCCCCACAGCUGCCCCAGAGAUAGCUGCUGCUCUAAGGUCCCCCCACCCCCACCCCCACCCCCGGUCUAAAGCUUUGUGGAUGGGAGGGGGGGGCAUGCAGCCAGUGAGGGUCCGAGGGAGGCUGAGAGCGUAGGUCAGGGCUCUCUGCUCCUGUUGGUUUAGUGUCCAUCUCUUUGGGAUGAUUGCCCUCCCUGGAAGCCAGAGUUCUGACUGAGCAGAAGUGUGCUAGUUCUAGAGAAUCCGUCAACAGACUGACAUGCAUAGAUGAAGAAUCAUAAGCACUGUGGGCUGGGUCAUCGCUGGUCGCUGGUCACUAGGUGGAUAACUUGGCCGGAGGUUUUUAGUGUUUUCCAUGGUGAUAAACCCCAGAGCAGCUGGAGCUGGUGGCAAAUCAAAGCUAUUAAAAAUUGAUUUGUGUGGGACAGUC